CUAAGUAUGUGAGUGUCAAAACAGAGAGGGCUUACCAUAAACACUCAGAGCUGUGAAGAUGGGGCACUCUCUCAAAUGCAGCAACCUGACCACUCGCUGGGACAGGCAUAUGAAAAAGUGUGUGCCAUGUGAAAAAAAGCCAGGAACUGAAAUUACACCUAACUGUGGGUAUGACGACCAAGGUGGUAUUCAUGAACUACAGCACAAAAAUUGUACACAAAAUUGUACCUUCAAUGAUGGCAGUCAGGCCUACUGUCAGCCCUGUACUUCAUGUCCACCUGAGUUCACCGUGCAUGUUUGCAACUUAACUUCUGAUACUUUGUGUCAAGCACCAAGGACUCAGUCGAUGACAAGUGCUCCAGUCACGACUCAUGCAGUUCAAACAGCAACCUCCACAACACCAAAACCAACAAACCAUUCCACUCAUCACAACAUAUGGCUCGUGCCUUUAGUCAUCCUGUUGAUCGUGUUUAUUUUGUGUAUUGCCAUUGCCAUCUACAAGAAGAAAAUCAAAGGACGAAGCACAAUGCUGAGUUCCAGAAGGAAGUCUUCAAAGCUCCGUGAAGGACCCAUACCGCUCUUUGCCUCGUCUGCAGACAACGACCUGGAGGCUCUUCUUAAGCCUGAGAUCCACCUUGCCCCGCUGCAGACCCUGCUGGACCACCUGGAUGUUUUGGAGCAGUUGGUGGUUCUGUUGGAUCCUGACAGCCCAGGAGUGAAGAACACCAAACAUUUGGCAUCAUACUGCUCAUUCCCCUCCACCUGGAUCACCUACACCUACUCCAUGAAAGACACCAAGAGUCCUCUGAAAGCGGUGUUGGAGGGAGUCACUAGCAGGAACCCCGACUGGACAGUCGGCCACCUGGCUAGGUUGCUCAAGCAAAUGGAGCGCAACGAUGCCAUCGCGGUUCUCAGCCAACUCAGACCAAAUGAGAUGGCUGUGUGAUUCAUCCUCACUGUGAGACAACAAAAAGCAAUAACAGUGUAAACGUAUUUUAAAAUUUUACUUAACGCAAUUUCCUCCGCUCCACGUUCGGUAUUAGCGUCGAGCCUGGCGUCAUGUCCGUCAAGAUAUGCGUCCGUGUGAAACACGAUAGCGGAAUCAAUCUAAAGCGGUAGUGAAACUAAACUUCGAUUUAGCACAAUUGCAAUCGGAUAUUUUUUUAAUCCAUUUGAUUUGAUUAAGCUAGCUCGAAUCAGUUUACAGUGUUUCGUAAUCAUUUUGAUAAUCGCGUCUGUCAGGUCAGUCAUGAACUGUGGCGGGAGAGGUUAUUAUGUUAUUCUUAGGUGAAAUCUGUCAAAUGUGGUAAAACGUUACUGCGCAAUGUGUUUCAAUUACAAUAACUCUGUAUUUGAGGCACGGUAAUCGCAAUGGCCGUGGAAUUAAUGUAUUAAUUGUAGAUGAAAACCGCUUCAUUCUGAUUAAAUGAACACAUUUUUAAUAAAAGAAACUAUAUAUAAAUCUAUAAAACCCCUACAAAUAAAUGUUUUUAUAAACAGACAUAAAGACGUGGCCUCAGUCACUCACAUCCACAGUCAAAGCACUUUGUUCAAACAUCCUGACAUCUUUAUUAGGCAAAUAACAUUAUAAAUAAAAAAGUGCAUAGAAAAAUUAAACAGGUUUAGAAAUAUGUAUACAAAUAUUUACAAACUUAGGGUUCAUUUGUACAUAGUAACAAAGACGUAGAAUUAAAGAUCACAUAUCUUCUCUUUUUUAUGUUUUACAUUUACUUUAAAAUAACCCUACUAUAUAUAUUUAUUAUUUAUUUAUUUAUUCGUGUGUGUGUGUGUGUGUAUAUAUAUAUAUAUAUAACAUACAGCUAUCUUAACAGAUUCUGGGAGAGUUGGUGAUGAUAACUUAAGGUUUGGACUUUUGCAUCCUUCGCUUCAGAAACACUCACAAACACACACACACACAGGCAUACAAAGCACAGGACAUUAAACCAAGCUACACUCAAAUUAUCAUCCUCUCUUUUGCAUCAGUUUUCCCAAACACCUGUCUCAACAGCUGAGGUAGAAUCCUUGCAGGGAGUCGGAGUGACUGCUGUUAUUUUUCAGCAAGGUGAUUGACACAUGUUAAUCUGGGCUCCAUCCCAGUGAUUGGACAAGCAAAAAGGUAAUGGGGUAAAGAUGAAAAGAAAGAAAAAACAUUAUGGUACAUUAUCGCUCUAACAGAUCAGCAGAGAUCAGAGUAAAAAAAAAAAAAAAAUUAAAGAUUAGG